AUGCCGUCAGUCACCGAUAUCGUUAAUAAAUACCGGCCGGAACUCGGCUCGUACGAGGAGCUCUACAAAUGGUUCCAUGCCCACCCAGAGCUGUCCUAUCAAGAGCAAAAAACGGCAGAGGCCAUAGUCAAACACCUCGAGAAAUUCAACUCGUACGAGAUUCACUCUUCGAUUGGCGGUCAUGGGGUUGCAGCUGUGCUGAAGAACGGGCCUGGGAAGACGUUGCUGCUUCGCGCAGAUAUCGAUGCCUUGCCAGUCGAUGAGCGCUCUAAUCUCCCUUAUGCCAGCCAAGCCCGUAUGAAAGAUGUCGACGGCGUGGAAAAACCAGUCAUGCAUGCAUGUGGCCAUGACAUGCAUAUUACUACGCUGUUGGGGGCGGCGGAGACUUUGGUGAAGGCAAAAGAUGAGUGGAGUGGGACGUUGGUUUUGUGUUUCCAGCCAGCAGAGGAGAGGGCGAGUGGGGCGCAGGAUAUGAUUGAUGAUGGCUUGUAUGACAAGGUUCCCGAGCCGGAUUUUGCUGUGGGAGCGCAUCUUAUGCCUGAGAGAGCUGGUGUUAUUGGAACGAAGCGUGGCUUGAUUGCCAGCUCGGCGGACUCAUUCCAAAUCAAGAUUGAAGGCCGACAAACACAUGCUUCAACACCACAUAGGGGAAUAGACCCUAUAGUUCAGGCAGCUUCGACAAUUAUGCGUCUGCAAACCGUAGUCGCCCGUGAAGUCGAUCCACUGGACUUCGCCGUAGUCACCGUGUCUGCCAUACAUGCCGGUGAUAGGGAAAACAUUAUUCCAGAAGAAGCAGAGCUGAAGAUCAACAUCCGCACGGCUCUGCCAGAGACCCGCGAACGAGUGUUGAACAGUGUCAAAAAGAUCAUCGCUGCUGAAGCUGAAGCGUCUUCAAAUCCUAAGCAGCCGACACUGAAAGAGACGACGCGAUUUCCCUUCCUGUUCAACGACGCUUCCGUCACCAGCGCGCUUGAGAAGACUUUCUCCGAGCACUUCGAGGUCGGUAAGCAUGGCUACACGGACGACAUCGCGCGGCUGCAGGGCAGCGAGGACUUUGGCAUCUUGGCUACGGCGAUUGGAAAGCCAAGCUGUUUCUUUUUGUAUGGUGGGAUAGAUCCGCAGGUCUAUGAUAAAGCGGUGAAGGAGGGACGGUUGAGGGAGGAUGUGCCGGGGAACCACAGUCCCUACUUUGCGCCGGUCAUACAGCCGACACUGACAGUUGGAAUGGACGGCUAUGUCGUCGCGGCCUUGACAUUCCUUGGGAAGGGGACGUAG